CAUCCCAAUUUUUUAAUCCACUUUGACCCUGGAUUUAUCUGUCAAACUCUUGAACGCUUUUAUUCUGUGUGCUGUGUGCUAGUAAUGGGGGCUGCUCGGGUGAAGCGGCGCUUCAGUGCAGUUGUGGAUACACCUCUGGAUGAGGAGGAAGUCAUGAGACUGGCGCAAAGUGACGAUGUCACUUCCUCCCAUUCGGGCGUGCUUCCUUCUCCCAACUGCAAUGGCAAAGUGCUCAACCUUCAUCACAGCAAUGGAGGAAGGAGUGAAGAGAGGGAUGAGGAUGAUGAUGUGCAGGAUGAUGAUGAUGAGGAAGGGGGAGGGAGGAGGGGGGGAGAAGGAGGAGGGCGUGGCUCGGCACUCAAGGGGGAGUCUGGGGCAGAAGGGAGGUGGGAGAGGAGCAAGAGAGCAUCCUCGCCUUCCCUCUCUCCCUCACCGCCCCGCGAUCGCCGCGGCCAGUCCCGCCGGCCCCGGCGGCGCUUUGUAGGCAAGGACGGGCGCUGCAACGUCACCUUCGUCAACAUGAGCGAGAGGGGCCAGCGCUACCUCACCGACCUCUUCACCACCUGCGUGGAUAUCCGCUGGCGCUGGAUGCUCGUGGUGUUCACCCUCUCCUUCUUGCUCUCCUGGCUUCUCUUUGGAUUCGCUUUCUGGCUCAUCGCCGUCUCUCACGGGGAUCUGGCUUCCCUGGCAUCAUCUUCCUCUUCUCCUUCGUCUGUUUCUUCCUCUUUUGCCCCUCUGCAACCUGCCGGGGUUUCCGGCCCGGUGCAGACAGUGGCGGAGACAGAGGAACGCUGCUUUCAGCAGGUGAACAGCUUCAUGGCGGCGUUCCUCUUCUCUCUAGAGACGCAGACAUCUAUAGGCUACGGCUUCCGGAGCGUUACCGAGGCCUGCCCCCUGGCGGUGUUUGCUGUCGUGUUGCAGUGCAUUGUGGGCUGCAUCAUCGACGCUUUCAUCAUUGGGGCGGUAAUGGCUAAGAUCGCCAAGCCCAAGAAGCGCAAUGAGACACUGGUGUUCUCGGAUGUGGCUGUGGUGGCCGUGAGGGACGGGAAACUCUGCAUUAUGUGGCGAGUUGGAAACAUGCGCAAGAGCCACCUGGUGGAGGCCCAUGUACGAGCACAGAUACUGAAGCCACGGGUGACCCCUGAGGGUGAGUUCCUGCCACUGGACAAUGCAGACCUCAAUGUCGGCUUUGACAAUGGAACAGAUCGCAUCUUUUUGGUGUCACCUGUGACCAUCGUGCACGAGAUUGAUGAGGAGAGCCCUUUCUUUGAGGUGGACAAACUAACACUAGAGGGGGACAAAGAGCUGGAAGUGGUUGUGAUUCUGGAGGGCAUGGUGGAGGCCACUGCCAUGACAACCCAAUGCCGGUCUUCAUACCUGGCCUCUGAGAUCGUCUGGGGUCACCGCUUUGAACCUGUGCUCUUUGAAAGGAAAAACUGCUACCAGGUGGACUACUCGUACUUCAACAGGACUUAUGAGGUCACGGACACGCCAACCUGCAGCGCUAAAGAGUUAGCAGAGAAAAAGUACAUCCAGGGCUCCCGUUCCUCCUUUUGUUACGAGAACGAAGUGGCUCUGCAGCUCUCCUCCUCUGUCCAUUCCUGUCCUGACCAAUUCUCUCCAUCCCCCUGUUCUUCCCCCUCUCCCUCACCCUCUUUCGUUCGGCCCACACCACCACCUCGACAAGACUCCUGCAGCGAGCACCCACACAUACACUGAGCCAUGUGGCUGGAAUAAAAGGGCACCGGGGAAAGCAGCGGUCAAAGGAAGAAAAGAAGGUAGAGAAAGAAAGGAAAGGGUUCAGGAUGGAGGGAGGAGUUGGAACUGGGGAGAGAGAGAGAGAGAACCAGCAAAUGGACAAAGGCCUGGAAAGACAGACUUGGACAGGGGACUAAGGCAAAGAGCACCAUAAAGGGAAAAUGUAGGACUGAUUAAUGACAAAAGGUCAUGCUUACGAUGGGGUGAGAAAAGACAGAAUGCACAAAAGAUGGAGAAUAGAAAAGGGAAAGGGGCCUCUUACCACCUGUGAGAAGAGAACCAAAGAGCAACAUAGUGAGACAGUGGGGCAAAUUCACUAAACGGUUUCAUCAGUGCAGUAUUUCAGCUUAUAACUCCCUGUAAUCCUGUUUAGACUUUUCAAGGCAAAACACUCAGCGGCCAUCUUGG